GUUCAAAAAUCCAAUGAUUUCCGAGACCACUCUCACGACCCUGACCCAUACAAAGAUGUCCGAUCAGAGCCCGAUGUGAUUGCACGAAAUGAGCCAUCAGAACCAAGCGUCAAGAAUCCUCCCGAGGUGGACUCGCCUCCAGACACGGAUUCCCUUUCCGACACAGCCGAGGCCUCACUAAGCCUGGCCCCGUCACUGUUCUCGGUCGAUAACGUGCGUGGCUUGGUAGCGGAUGUACCCCAUCGAAUACAACCAUUGAUUCGUCAAGCCUUGGACUAUUUCUGGCAAGCCCGAGUCAAUGCUCCAGAAGGUUCACGUGAGCCUGCCUUGACUGCGGCUUUAAAUACGCCUCCAGCACAGUUUCUUUUUGACGCGUUUGACGAAGCAGAUCUCAGUCCGGAUUUGCUCAAAUUACCCACUCUACGAUUCGUCAGUCGACGCCUGUUGUUCGAUCUGGUUUGUGAAUGUAUGCAACAAGUUUACGCCGGUGAGGACCACGAAUUCUUCUCGAAACAAACAGGCAAACCGUUUCAUCCUCGUGUUUCGAGUAGCCAAUUUCGUCUGUGGCAAGGUCGUAGCAGGCCGGUCGACAAAGAACAUUUAUCUCAGAUUGUGUCUCCUCGUGUGCAGGAAGUACUAGGUCCGACCAAUGACAAGCCGUCAUCCGUUCCUGAGAAUUCAUUGGAGUGCACAGAUAUUCGUCGAUUCCCCGGAAAACUGACCAGCGGUAAACGAUUUUCUCGUCUAGCGCAAUGGACGUUGUCCAAGAAGUCGAGUCUGGAUCGGUUAUUGGAAUUGGAGUUACGCGCAGAUGAGAGCAGUUGGUUGUCGUAUGUACCGGAAGAGCAACAACUCAAAAAGUCGUUGUCUGAUCAGAUUUGGAACGAUCUGUUUCAAGAGGCUUUGGAUUCGAUGAUCCAACGAUGGAAUGCUACACAUAGUGUACCACAACCUGUAAUCCCCAGUGUUGAGUUGGCCACAUGA